AUGUCACUGUCAAAAACAGCUGAUCUUGCUUGAGAGGUUAUGUUAUUUAAUGCAAUGUCUAACGUUCUAAAAAUAAGUUAACGAUGAAUAAAAUAUAAUAAAACAAACUACUGCGUAAAUAAUAACCUUAUUAACCAAUACUGGCGAAGAAUGUCUUCCAAGUUACCGAAAGCUACCUUGAGUUUGAAGCAGUUCAUGCUGCGUCAAGAAGUGCUAAAACUAUACAGAGAAAUAUUUCGAACCCUUAAACUAGUUCAAGACGAAAGGACGAAGGCUGACCUAAGAGACUGGGCCCGAGCAGAUUUUAGAAACAAUAUGCACCAUACAGACGAAAUCGCCAUAAAAGCUAUGUUGCAGCAUGGAAAGAAAUCCUUGAAUGACUUGAAAAAAUCAUUGGCUUUAAGUAAAAGUUGAAAAACAUAGAAUUUUAGUCUUUGUUGAAUAUUUUUAAGUUUUGUGAUCUAGUUUUAUUUAAUAGUUAGACAAAAAAAAGUGCAAAUAUUUUGUCUCUGGACCUUAAACAAACAAAAAUAAAACACGUUUCUACCUACCUGAAAAUUGUGUAAUUGCAAAUUAAUAAAGUAAUAAAAAUGGCUCAGUGUAUAAAACUUUUAUUAAGUUUUUACAUACAUGUUUAAAACUAAAUCAUGUUGUUCAAAUUAAUGUAAGUAAAUAAUAAAAAUUAUGAUUACACUAAAGCUUAGUUCAUAAUAUAGCUAUUUACAAAAGAAAGUUAAUACAAUAAAUUGUAAUAUACAUACAUAUACAGCUGAGUGCAUAUAA